CGCAAAAAGGUGACUACAAAAAAGGCCAGCGUUGUUUCUACUGUUGACGACGACGACAACAACAACAGCAACAGCAGCAACAACAACAACAACAUCAGCAACAACACCAUCAAUAACAACGCUAGGCAGCUGAAAACAGCAACAACAACAACAACAACAGCAACAACAAUUGAGCUGCAUAACACUUACCAACAAGAAGAACAAGAAGAAGAACAAGAACAAGUCAACAUGGAUGAAACACAGCAUUUCUGUUUGAGGUGGAACAACUACCAGAGCAGCAUCACAUCAGCGUUCGAGAAUCUUCGCGAUGACGAGGACUUUGUCGAUGUGACGCUCGCCUGCGAGGGUCGCAGCAUAAAGGCGCAUCGCGUCGUGCUCUCCGCAUGCAGCCCCUACUUCCGCGAUCUUCUCAAGAGCACACCCUGCAAACAUCCCGUCAUACUGCUGCAAGAUGUUAACUUUAUGGAUCUGCACUCGCUGGUCGAAUUCAUCUACCACGGCGAGGUCAACGUGCACCAGAAGUCGUUGCAGUCCUUCUUGAAGACAGCCGAAGUGCUGCGCGUCUCGGGUCUCACACAGCAGCAGGCCGAGGAUACGCACAGCCACCUGGCACAGAUACAGAAUUUGGCCAAUGCCGGCGUUCGCACGCCCCUCAACACACACACGCAUCAUGGGGCGCUGCACGAUGAUGGGGCUGCCACAUUGUUCAGCAGUCGCCAGACGGGCGGCGCUGCCUCACCGCCGCCGCCGCCGCCGCCACAAAUGCCGCAUCUAAAUAAUCAUCUGUUGAAGCGCAUGGCAAUGAUGCAUCGCAGCAGCGCCGCUGCCGCCGCAUCCGUCGUCGAGGAGACAUCGCAUGCGCUGAAGCGUCUGCGCUGCGCCGACAACGGUCUGCCCAACAACAGUAACAAUAACAGCCCAGAUUUGCAGCUGCAUGCGCGCAGCGUGUCGCCCCAACUGACGCCGGCCGACUUCAGUACGAUCAAGCACCACAACAACAACAAUACGCCGCCCCUCAAGGACGACAAACGCAAUGGACCCACUGGCAACGGCAAUGCUGGCAACGCUGGCAACAACAAUUCGGGCAACAACAAUAACAACAACAGCAACAACAACAACACAAAUGGCAGCGGCAACGGCAACGGCAUCUCGAUCAGCGACAAAUUGGGCAGCCUCAACUCAUCGCCAAUGGCUCGAGGCGUCGACGAUGUCAAAUCGGAGCCAAUGGAGCUGGUCUGCUCCAAUAAUAAUGCCAAUAGCAAUGUGAAUGAUGAGCACAGCAACGAUUCAACUGGCGAGCACGAUGCCAAUCGUUCCAGCAGCGGCGAUGGCGGCAAAGGCUCCUUGAGCUCGGGCAAUGAUGAUGAGAUCGGCGAUAAUCUGGCCGCCCACCAUGCCGCACAGCCGUUCAUCAUGUCGCCAGCUGACAACAAACUGUUUCCCGGUGCCGCAUUCAACUUUCCGAUGGGCAAUCUCGAUCACUCAGCCUUGCUUGGUCUCAAUCCACAACUUCAACAAUCUGGCGAACUCGCUGCCUCUCCACAAGGUCAACUGACGACAAAUGCUACAACUUCUACAACAACAACAAACAACAACAACAACAACAAAUGCAACAUGUUAAACAACAACAACAACAACAACAACAACUUCUACCUGUCACACUCUGAACAAACAAACAACAAUAACUCCACAACAACAAUAACAACCACAUCAACAACAAAUCAAAAAACAACGCCAACGACAACAACUACAACAACAACAACAACAACAACAGCCAUCACAAACGCCUCUGGCAUCUGUGGGCUUAAUCUCUCCACAUUCGCAGCCAAUUGCAACAACAAUGUGAACAAUGCGAGCAACACUGGCAACAAUGGCAACGGCAGCAACGGAGGCAUACUCACAACAGCCGGCGGUGUUUCUAUACUGCCACAGCAGCAACAGCAGCAGCACCAACAGCAGCAGCAGCAGCACCAACAGCAGCAGCAGCAGCAACAGCAGCAGCAGCACCACCAACAACAGCAGCAGCAGCAGCAGCAGCAGCAGCAGCAACAUCAGCUGAGCAAUGCAGGCAGCGGCAGCCAAGGAACAAACGGUAUUCUCGGCUGCAGUCCGACAACAGCUGGCAAUACACCGACAACGGCACAGCAGCAAAUGUUUGCCGCCGUUAUGGCCAAUAUGGCGGCCACGGCCAAUGCGACAGCAUCGACGAGUGGCAGCGCAAACAGUUCGCUGAACAACUCAACGCUGAAUACAUCGUCCGGCGGCAGUUUGAAUGCGUCGAGUGGCGGCGACGAUUUCCGUUGCAAUCCGUGCAACAAGAAUCUUAGCUCGCUGACGCGCCUCAAGCGGCACAUACAAAAUGUGCACAUGCGGCCCACCAAGGAGCCGGUGUGCAACAUAUGCAAGCGUGUCUAUAGCUCGCUGAACAGCUUGCGCAACCACAAGAGCAUCUAUCAUCGCAAUCUCAAGCAGCCCAAGCAGGAGCCGAAUGCCCAGGCCCAGGCGGCCAAUAGCUAUUACCAUCAGCAAUUGAACCAUCAUCCGUCCUCAUAG